AGGCAUCACACACUUAUAUAUACGCCGAGAUACAGCAUAGAGACAACGAGAGGAAAAUAAAGAAUCAAAGAGGGGUUUUCUCCAUCUGUCAUUUUCUCAAGGGUGGUCCACUCAGGAGAGGGAAGAGUUGAAUCUCUUCCCAUUCCCACUCUGGCAGCAGCAGCAGCAGCCAGCCACCCACCUCUUUACCCUCUUCAUCAGCUCUUGAUUUCUGAUUGGAUUGCUGUAAAAAAGUGAUUUUUUUGAUAUCUGGGAAAGAUGGACAGCAGGAUUCAACCUGGUAGCUUUUUUCAGUAUUCUCCUACUGGAGUCCAUGGAGUUCCUGGCCCAAUGCAGAGGUCUUCAUCUCCUUCAGAUCGUGAGAGAUAUCUAUCGGAACUAUUAGCAGAAAGGCAAAAGUUGGCACCAUUUAUUCAGGUUAUGCCUGUGUGCAGCAGACUUCUAAGUCAAGAAAUUAUGCGUGCUUCGGGAUUGGGGCCGAAUAAGAAUUUUGUGGAUCAUGAAAGAUUGGGGCAUGAGCGAACAUUUAGGUCUUUUGUCCAGCAGCCUAAUGGAGGACCCAUUGAUAUGGAAUCCUGGCCUCCAAUGCAAACAGAUCAAGACAAUGGCCUUAUACGAAGAAUGGCUCCAUUUCAAGCUGCCUCUUUAGGUUGGCCCUCGUCACCAGGGUUUGCUCCGCCUGUUAUUAAGCGAGUUAUCAGACUUGAUGUUCCGUUGGAAAAAUUCCCCAAUUUCAACUUUGUUGGUCGUAUUUUGGGCCCUCGCGGGAAUUCCUUGAAAAGGAUUGAAGCUAUGACAGAGUGUAGAAUAUUCAUAAGAGGCAGGGGCUCGGUGAAGGAUUCUAUGAAGGAAGAAAAGCUGAAAGAUAAGCCUGGGUAUGAGCAUUUGAAUGAGCCGCUGCAUUUAUUGGUAGAAGCCGAGUUCCCAGAAGAUAUUAUAGAAUCCCGCUUGGAUCAUGCAGUGGCAUUAUUGGAAAACCUUUUGAAACCAGUGGAUGAGUCCAUGGAUAUCUACAAGAAGCAACAGUUGAGAGAACUGGCCAUGUUGAAUGGUACACUUAGGGAGGAAAGCCCUAGCAUGAGCCCGAGCAUGAGCCCGAGCCCGAGCAUGUCUCCGUUUAACAGCGCAGCCGGUAUGAAACGAGCCAAGACCGGAAGAUAGCAUUAACGUCAUAUACUAUUUUUCUUUGCUGAAAUAGUUUUUUCAGUGGUUAUUGAUGGUUACUAUAAGGAUAUUAACUCCAGAAACACACAUGCUUGAUUUGGGCAUUUAGCGUAUGUGGCUUACUGGCUGGGCCUGCUCUAUAAUUUUGAUACCAGAACAUCUUCAUUAGUUGAUUGUGGUUUUUUGAAUCUUUAUAUACAAUAUUCAAAGGUUGCUGAAACUUA